AAAUAUGCACGCGGGUCGAGUGACUGACUGACUGAAUGCGUGUGUGUUGAACCGUAGAUCACAAAGAGGACUGCAAGGACUGAAAGCGCGCGGCGGCGCCCCGCAACCCGCCACACGAUGUAGCAGAAACGAAUCGCCGGACCGCACACGAGACGAGAGUCCAGUCUGACCGGACCGGAGUGAACUGAACUAUGCCCAGCGCCGAGAGAACUUUACCCGAACUCGAGAGGAACUCUAUCUUACACUGCGACAUGGCAGAGAGAGGUGUUGAUGUGAACACCCUCAGCAUCCCUGUGCCCAUGCGAAGAGGAGGCUCAGAGACGUGCUUAGACCUGGAUUCAGAUCUAACUGUACGGGAUGGCCCUCGAUCACGUUCUGGCCUGGACAGCCUCCAACAAAAGAUCCUCAAAGUGAAAGAACAGCUGAGAAUUGAGCAAAACCUACAAGAUGAGAACGUGGCUGAAUAUCUCAAACUCAUCAACUGCGCAGACAAACAGCAGAGCGGCCGCAUUAAACAAGUGUUCGAGAAAAAGAACCAAAAAACUGCCCACAACAUCUCCCAACUCCAGAAAAAACUGGAGCAGUAUCAGCGCAAGAUGAAGGAGUCCGACAUCUCCAACGGGACCAAACACGCAACGCCAAAAGACAAAGACAACGACAACCUCAAAGAAACUGUGGUCACCGGAAGCGGACGACAUCCACAUUUGGACAAAGUCAAAACUAUCGGUCCUGGAGUUUCUCUAUCUCCGCCGUUCUUCUUCAGCAAGCCCAGAGAAAUUGCAAACCUCAUUCGCAAAUUUGGCAGCGCUGACAACAUCGCCCACCUGAAAAGCUCAAUGGAGACUGGGUCUGGUUGCAGGCGGAAGCGGGGAGCUCGGAUUUUGAGGCAGUGCCACUUAACACCGGAACCCAAAUAUCAGAGUGACGACGAGUGUUCCAACGAGACGUCAGUUUCUGUGGAGAGUAACGGGCAGGUGACUGGAUCGGCACAACUGGGGCAGCACAGUGGAUCUGCGAGAGAAACUAGUCAACAGCCGCUGCUGGAGGCCUGUGAGGAGAUCCGGGAGUUGGAGGGAAGCUCAGAGUCUCUUGGCUGACGACUCGAGACACUCAAGAACCAGUUUAAAUGUGAAGUGGAGAACAUCACACAGACACUACAAGAGGAGCGAUACAGGUGUGAACAUCUAGAAGACCAGCUGAAUGACCUGACAGAGCUCCAUCAGAAUGAAACUGCAAACCUCAAACAGGAGCUCGCCAGCAUCGAGGAGAAAAUGGCCUAUCAGGCUUAUGAACGAGCUCGAGAUAUACAGGAUGCCCUGGAAGUCUGUCAGAACGCGCGUCAGUAACUGGAGCUUCAGCAACAGCAGCAGCAGGUCUUGCAGUUGGAAGGCACCGAUGCCAAGUCUGCUGGAAAAUGCAUCAACAUCAUGCUGGCCAUCGUCAACGUGAUUCUGGUUUGCGUCUCCACCGCUGCUAAAUUCUCUGCUCCGUUGAUGCGAAGUCGUCUACAUGUGUUUGGGACACUAGUAUGUGUGUGUUUACUGCUGUAUAGCUGGAGCAACUGGGAGCAUCUGCAGUGCGCAAUAGAGCGAAUGCUGCUUCCCAGAUGAGGGACGGGAAACAUGGCUUUGUGUGGUGAAUUUUGAUUAAGUGGUGAAUUCUGAUUAAGUGCUCCUCCAUGGGAUAUUCCCUUCACAAUGUGACUGUCCCAAGACAAUGGCUUUAAUAUACUUUUUUGCGUGUCUAUUUUAUGUUUGUUUUUUCGUAUCUGGAAGAGUUGGUAUUGAAUGAUGUACUGUAGCAGAAACGGGUCCAUCUAGAUGACUGGAUUGUUUUUAGUAAUGGUUUCGUUUGUCAGCUGUGUCUUAAAAGAAAAAGGUUCACAACCUUUUUUUUAUGUUUUAUGUGUUUUCUUAGGUGGCGAUGGUGUGUUUGGGUUCACAAAAACAAAUCUGGGUAACGUUUCUUCAUUUGAUCAAAAAAUGCCUAAAUUAAACCAUUUAGGGACCAUAUUUUUUGGUAAACGGAGUGUCACGGAUUAAAUAAUUCUAAUAAUUCUUUAUUCUUAUUGGGUUUUAAUACUUUUACAUGAAACGAUGAUGAUUGAUUUUUAAUAUGAUUUUUUUGGUCAUUUAAAUCAGUGUUUCUCAGCCACGUUCCUGGAGGACCACCAGCUCUGCACAUUUUCCAAGUUUCCUUAACCAAACACACCUGAUUCAGAUCAUCAGCUUAUUAGCAGUGACUGAAAGAUGCACAUGCAGUCUUGGUGGUCCUGCAGGAACGUGGUUAAGAAACACUGAUUUAAAUGAUAAUUUUUUUCUUUAAUUGCAAUAAGACUGUUGUUGAAAUGCCGCGGAAUUUAAAAUUAAUUUCAAACUUUUUUUUCUUUCACAAUUUCAAGUUUAUAUCUUUUUUUUUUUUGAGGAUUUUUAGUUUAUAUAUUGAGUUUAUAAAUAUACAUGUUCAAAAUAUAAACUCUAAUUCUGAUUUCAGAAUUUAAGUAGACAAUUCUGUACUUGUUUUCAAGUUAUUUGUUAUUAUACAUCGAAAUUGCAGAUACUUUAAAAUAAGCUGGGAUGUAAACUUGAAGUUGGCUUUAUUUUCUUAUGCAUUUUGUGUUGUUGUUAUUAUUAUUAAGGGUGAAUUACAAACCGGAUGUUUUUGGCAAUGACAUUUUCUAGCAUUAUUUGUACUAUUGAAAUGGCCUGAAGUUCUUUUCACCUGCACUUUAAACAUGUCGCCCCGGUUUUGAGAUUUAAUUCUUUUGUCUUUACUCUUAACCAGCAUUACUCUGUACAGACCACAAACACUUCGUCUUUUUGAUUCUUGUAUAAUAGAAAUGCCUUGGGGGUGAAACUAGAAACUAGAACACGAGAAGGAAACAAAUUUCUCUGUCAAGUUUAAGUAACAUUCUGAACUGUUCUUCGUCAAAGUUAGACUAUUUUUAUACAUUAUUAAUUUGCUUUGUUUAAUGUAUGUCUUAAUGAUUCCAACAUUUGCAAACUGACUUUAGGAAUUUUACCACUGUUUCUCUGAGCGUGUGCCUGCCUGUGGUCUUGACUGAAGAUUGUAGAAGCCAAAUCUGAAUUUACCCAUGAAAACCUGUGUAAGAAGAGGCCUUUAUCUUUAAGCAUGGGAUUUUAAGUGAUUUCAUUUGUUUUUACACAUGCUUCGGUCACUGGUAGGAAACUUGUCUAGUCUUUAAAUGUUGUCUAAGCCUGCAAAUAAAUGGCCUCAUUUUUCUCUA